AUGGCCUCAACUCCUAUAAUUCGUCCGCGUCCCACAGCGGAGCUUUUCGCACGCUACGCCUUCACAGAGACAAUCGGCCAGGGUCAUUUCGGAAAGCCCGAAAACAUCCUACUCGCCAAAUCCCCGUCGUCGACUUCACAAUCCGCUCCCUCCAACACCGCCGCCAAGUCCGCCUCCGGCGCCGCAGCUGACGGUCUCGACGCGUGCCUCGCGGAUUUUGGCCUCGCGUUUCAACUCGCGCCCGGAACAGCUAUUAUCGGAGUCGCCGGGAGCGCGCCUUACGAGGCGCCCGAGGUGCUCGCACGACAGCCGUAUGAUUUCAGCGCCGACAUCUGGUCGCUUGGCGUGCUCCUCUAUUCCAUGCUCGCCGCUGGUUGGCCCUCGUUCCCCAACAACCGCCGCCAACUGCGCCCAGCCGUCGAUUUCGCCGACGCGCCGUGGCGAACGGUCUCUCGCGAGGCGAAAGAUCUCAUCCGUCGGAUGCUCACCCAAGACCAGUUCGAACGGUUGGAUAUCCACGGCGUGCUGCAGCACCCAUGGCUCGCGUCGCGCCUCGCCGCCAUCAGCCAGAAGCGCAGAGCCUCCGCCGCAUCCCCUGCCACAAAUACCGCCGCCCCCGCUACUGCCGUUCCGGCGCCACAGAAAACCGCGCAAAAGCCUCCGCACCAGCCGCGGGAGGUGCAGCGCGACGCGCGGGAGGAGUUAAAGCAGUUGAAGCAGCACCACAGGGCGUUGUGUUCGUUUGAUUCAGACAACUCCGUCGACUUCGACAACCACGAAUCGCACCUCCCCGCUCUCCUCCCCGUGCCGACCGACGCAAGCUUCGCCAGGGAGUCGUGCGGAAAUACCGCCGAGGAGUGCGACGCGCAUAACCCUAAAUUGCGCCUUCCGCUCACCUCCGUCGCUGCGCCUUGCGGCGCCGACAUCGCAUCUGUCCGCAGAACCGGCAACACUAGCCGCGAAAGCAGCGCGUCUAGUUUCGACUUCGUUCCGUCGCAUUCUUCGUUCUCGACUACGUCGUCCGCAUCCUCCGCGUCUUCCGUGGCGGAGAUCUCGCAAUCUACUGGCGCUGCGAUGUCCAAGAAUGUCCCAUCCUCCCACGUUUCGGGCGUUGACAUUCUGGCGGCCUAG